AUGGAUUUGUGGAGACAUGGUCCGAAUAGAUUGAAUACAUACAGUAGCUGUCAUUCCAUGAAGCUAGGUUCUGGUGCACUGAUACAGUUGCCCUUUUAUGAAAACUCUGCGGUAUAUGCAAAUGAUAUCACAUUUCGAAGUUUUUGCUGUGAAAGAGUUCCCGUUUAUGUAUCUACAGUGUUGAGAAGCUCAUCUCCCUAUCGAUAUCUUGAUCAGGUGAUUAGAGAUUGGGAGACAUUCAUUCAGAUAAGCGAUUAUGUUGGUGGUUCCGCUGAAUAUGCAAUUUAUGCUGUAAUUUUGUCCAUAACGUCUAAUUUUGUUAUUACCAUAUUUCUCACAGUGAUAUGUUGUAUCAAUAUCAGCGGACGUGCAUAUAAGAGAAUUUUGCAACUAUUAAGGAUUGCGUCGUUAUUAGCGUCUCUGAAUUUGGCGAUCUUUAUCACCAAGGUAUUGCGUAGAUUAGAAAGGGACCACAACAUGUAUGGUAUUGUUCGGGCUCACUCUAUUAUGCAUAUCUUUCAAGAUGAUAUGUCCUUUGUUGUUUUGGAUUUUUUAGCCACUUUAAUGUUCCAGUUUUGCCAAGUCGGUAUUGUCAUUAGGUUAUUCCAAAGAGCCCAAGAAAAGAGAAUUAUUUUUUUCAUUGGGGUGGUCCUAACCGUGACCGCCAAUAUUUUAUGGGUGAUUCCACCGUUUGCCAACCAUGCCACCAAACAUAAAAGUGAUUGGCAAAUUCUGCGACCCUUCGUCUAUCUUUUCCGUAUAGCUAUUGCCACAUCAUAUGCAUCCAUCGUUAUUUAUCAUAUCUGGCAGAAAAAAAAGUUGUGGUUCAAAUUCAAUCAAAUGGGGCUGCUUACCUUAUUGACAAUUCUUGUCGUACUUUUGUUACCAGGGUUUUUUCUUGCCGAUGUGUCGAACUUAUGGAUAUCAGAGUUGGGUGAAGUGUUCAACACCACAUGCUAUGUUACUUCUACUGUGAUAACCUGGGAAUGGUUGGAUAGAUUAAAUGUUCUAGAGAGAAAAGAAGAGGCGCAGAGUAUCCUGGGGAGGCCCAUAUUUGAGGAAGAGCAACAAGAUUACAGAUUUGCAAAAUAUGCCCUGAGAGUGCAGAAUGCUUUAACCAGAAGGGAAUCUCGUGAGACAUCAAUGGAUCGAAACGAUGCGUCUAAUAGCUCUGAAAUAUGUGAUUUACAGACCAUAUCACGCUAUGAUCCCGAAGACCAGAUAUCUGAGGUAAGGAGUAUUGAUCAAAUGCACUUCAACGACAAAGGAAGCUAUAAAGACUACGCGCUCAAGAAAUUGAGCUAUACUCGCGAUAAGAUUUUAUAUCUUACGGACCAAAUCGUCCAGAAAAGUGUAGGCCACAACAAUAAUAGCAGUAGCUCGAAAAAUAAAAAAACCAAACAGCGAAAGGCAAUGGUCAGAAAACGUUUAGGGUUGGACAGACCUGGCAUAUACAUUUAUUCAACAAAAGAAGUUGUUUUCAAUUCAGAUGAAGAUGAAGAUGAAGAUGAGGAUGUGAGAGAAAACGAGGAUGAAGGAAACAAUCAAAAUAGUAAUGACAAUACCGCGGCCAUCACCACCGACCAUACAGACCAUUUUCAAGGGACACGAUAG